UGAUAUUGGACACCGGUUGUGCCCCAUGUAUAGUCUGCCAUAGUACGAUUUGCAAGCUUGCUAAAUAACGAACUACAACCCAUCGAAUCUGAAAAGCUAAUGGUCGGUGAUGGUCGAAAAAUCACACCUAAGGGACUCAUAAGGAACCUUGAGAUCGAAAUCAUUUCUGGUCAAACAUCUAUCUAUGGUUGAUGCUAUCUGUUUGGAUGUUUCAGAAUCAUAUGACUUCAUUUUAGGCAGGCUGGCCAUGCAAAAGAUCGGUGUGGGUGUCGAUUUGAAGAGUUCUUACUGGUACAUUCGUACAAGCGGAAAUUUACAAAGAAUUCCAGUAUCAUAUUUUGACCCACUGCAGGAGGCGUACAGCACAGAAAGUUCCCUAAUGGCUAUAUCCAGUGCGGAUAUUGAGGACAGCUCGAAUGAGGUUGAAUCACAGGACGGCCUGUCUACACUCAUAUCGCAAAUUAACGACAACCGUGGGCUUUCUCAAUCCGAGAAAGAGCAGGCGAUAGCGCUGAUACUGGAGAAAAGAGCAGCGUUUGGUACCACUUAUCAAGACAUAAAGCAAACAAACUUACUAAAACUACGCAUUGAUACCGGUGAUGCUACGACUAUCAUGAAGCGCCCCUUUUCUAGUAUGAGUCCUUCAGACUUGGAAAGAUUAAAGUCAGAGCUUCGAGAAAUGUUGGAAACAGGAGUAAAUCAUUCCAGCCAUGCACACAAAGGCAGAAUCAAGUAAUCCAGGUUGGGCGAUUCCGAAUAAGGUCACUGUUCGAGAUUCUUGGUCUUUGCCUGUCAUUCCCCACUUACUAGAAGCAUUUAAAGGAGCAAGGUUCUUCUGAAAUUUUUUCAUUCCAUCGCAGUAGACGACGAAAGCAUACCGAAGUUGACUAUUACUACUCCUUUUGAUUUUUAGUACGGUACGUUUUUUUCAUUUUUUGGGUACGGU